AUGGAAUCACAAUUAGUCAGCUCAACUUACGGUAAAGGUAAUGUUAAAUUCUUGAAAGUUAAAAAGAAUCCUUCCAACUUACAACAACAAGAAGUUUUAGAAGCUAAUGUUCAAUGUUUAUUAAGAGGUGAUUUUGAUGUUUCAUACACCAAAGCCGAUAACUCACCAAUUGUCCCAACUGAUACUGUUAAAAAUACUAUUUUAGUUGAAGCUAAAAAUACCAACGUUUGGCCUAUUGAAAGAUUUGCUGCUCAUUUAGCUAAACACUUCACUAAUAAAUAUUCCCAUGUCUCAGGAAUUGAAAUUACAAUUGUUCAAUCUAAAUGGACAAAAUAUGAAGUCGAUGGUAAAUUACAUGCUCAUUCAUUCAAACAUGAAGGUCCAGAAACCAGAAGAACUGUUUUAGAUUACACUAGAGCUGGUAACAAAUUAAGCAUUACUUCAUCUAUCAAAGAUUUGACUGUUUUAAAAUCAACCGGUUCAAUGUUCUACGGUUACAAUGUUUGUGAUUACACUACUUUAAAACCAACUAAAGACAGAAUCUUAUCAACUGAUGUUGAUGCUUCAUGGGUUUAUGACAAAAAUCAAAUUAAAACUUUAGAUGACGUUUUCAGUUACGCUGAUAAUGGAUUAUUCGACAAAACCUACGAAGCUGCUAGAAAAACUACUUUGGAUUUAUUUGCAUUAGAAAACUCCGCUUCAGUUCAAGCUACUAUGUACAAUAUGUCCCAUAAGAUCUUGGAACAAAUCAAAGAAGUUGACACUGUUACUUAUGUCUUACCAAACAAACAUUAUAUCUUAUUCAAUUUGGAAUGGAAAGGUAUUAAAAAUAAUGAUGAUUUAUUCUACCCUUCCCCAGAUCCAAACGGUUUAAUCAAAUCUACUGUCGGUAGAAAAGUUGCUGCAAAGUUAUAG